UGGCGUAUUUCUUUCCCUACUUUUUGCCACAGUCGAGUCAUAGCAAGGCCUAAACAUACAUACAGACGCAAAUGUCUAACGUUUGUUGACCUCUGAAAAAUUGGACGACAGAUCUAGAGUUGACGCCUUAAUAAGUUGCCCGACAGGUUUAACUAUCACGUUAAAGUAGCCAUCUGUCUUUUUGCCGUACGUUUAAGUAUAGUAGCACACUAAGAAGUCUUCUCUAGCCCAAUCUCUCAAUUUACGUUGGAAAACCCUACUCAAGACGACAUGAUGUUGAAGGCAGUAUUCUUCGGGCUGGCGUUUGCGGUCAUGGCGCAAAUGACACAAGCUCAGAACGACACAACCAUUACGCCUACGCCUACGCCUGCGUCUGGUCAAAACGGCACCGCUUGCACCGCACUGACUGAUGCCUGUAAGAGACAGGCAAGGGCCAUAGUCGCCAACAUCACCAAGCUGGUACCGACCAUCCUCAAGGGCGGCAAAGCUAUCAAGGACCAAAUCCGAGCCUUGUGCAGUCGCUUUACUGGACAGGCGAGGUGUUUCGAAAACGCCGCGAGGUCACCUGUUUGCCAGGGCAUCCCGGACGUUGUGAAGCGGUUUGACAGCAUCACCAUCCCGGCAACCUGCGGUGGACUCCGUCACCUGCCCAACAUCGCUCUGGCUUUCACCGCCGCCCUCGCCGUGAUGCUGGUCGAGAAACUCCACAUGUUCUAGUCAAGGAGGUUAAAUACAAGUGUAUUUAACCUCAUUGUUCUAGUCGAGGAAGAUUCUCUUAGUUUCGAGCGCCCUCUAGCUUCUUAUUGAAGUCAUGCAUACACAAAUGCUGGCACAGGAAAAUGAAAGAUAGUGUUGUCUGUUUGUUUUCCUGUUCUCACUGCAAUGCUGGUCGAGAAACUCCACAUUUUCUAAUCGAGAAAGAUGCGCUUAGCUUCAAACGCCCUCUAGCGUGUUAUUCAAGUAAUGCACGCGCAAAUACUGGCACAGGAAAAUGAAAGAUAGUAGAUUAUCUGUGUGUUUUCCUGUUUUUAUCCAGUAAUGCUGUAACAAGUGGUGAGGUCAUUGGACGCGUUAGUCAAGGAAUGUUUUGGUAAUUUCAUCUUCAAUCAGACACCCAGUAAACAUGAAUAUCAAUAUUUACCAUUUAGACACUAAUCUAGCAUGUGUACUUGUGGUAAUAUCAAUGGUACAAGCAAGUUUUGGAUCAUUUGCUAGCGCUUUUAGAUUGCAACAUUAUAUUUCGACUGAGUAGAAAAUGAGAUUAUAACCUCAAUGGGUAGAAUAUAUAGAAUAACAGUUAUGCAGGUGUUAAUCCCCAUUGGAUCCAUUCCACAUUUGCGUUUGGGAAUGCAUGACAGUGACAAACAUAUUGUACAUCAUGUUUGUUAUUAGACUAUCCCAAACAACAAAUGGAUUCCUGUUGUUUUGAUAAAUAAACUUCGGACU